AUGUCUCCCUCUAUGCUGCUACGAAUCAUCCAGCAGCAAUUACGAGAUAUAGUAGAAGGAAAGGCAAAGGCAAAGGCAAAGGCAAAGGCAAAGGCAAAGGCAAAGGCAAAGGCCGACAUGUAUGAGAUGACGUCACUCCCCACUACUACCCUUAGCUACAUUUGUGAUCCUUAG